AUGCCGGAGCUGACCGCCGAAGUGGAGUCAUGGGACCCGCGGGAUGCCUGGCAGGCCGACUGCUGUCACCUCCUGCUUCGCCAGUGGAUGCCGCUCGCCGGUCCACUGCUGGAGAGCCUAUGCGUCACCGUGAGACGCAAGCUUGAGAGGGCGCUGCGGGAAUGGGACGACGCCGGCCACGCCUUGCUCUCCAAGUCCAACCUUAACCUGGUGGCGCCCUGGAAGGCCCUGUUCGGCCGGGCGAGCUGGGAGGAGUUCGUCGACGGGAUCGGCGUCGUGCGGCACCUGGAACAGCGCCUGCGGAGCCUCCGGAUCACGCCGCCGAAGCAGAAUGACGACGCGUUCUUGGAGGUGAUCAUGAAGUGGGCGCCGCUCGUGCGGGCGGAGGACAUGGCGCGGCUCCUGGAGGCCGAGUUCUUCGGCAGGUGGCGGCACGCGCUCCGUCACUGGCUGCUGGCCGCGAAACCCGCCACCAGAGAGGCCGUCGAGUGGUGCAACGGGUGGGGGCGCGCCUUACGCCGGAGCUGCGCGAGGAUGAGCGCGUGCAUGCCCGCCUCGAGGCUGGCAUAG